AUGAGUUGGCAGGAGUUAAGCUACAACCGCUCGCAAAAAGGCAACUACGCGAGUGGUGCGGGCGACCAAGCUGUGGACGGCUCCACUGUGGACGCCCAAGCCAGCAAAACGCUGCCGCCGCUAUUGCAGCGUCGACCCAGCAUUCCGCAACUGAUUGUGCUGUGGGACCUCGAGUCCGUAAAACCCUUCACUCAGCAGCACCGCCCGGGAUCUGUCGACUUAGCCAGCGACACCGAGCAGCAACAACACCAGCAGCAGCGCGCACGCGCAGGUACCCUCAGUGGCCGUGCCACACGCCUGGCUGCUGCGGGACUGCCUGGCGCUGGCUCGUCACCCGAUCUGAUCGGCGCGCUGGACCAGCUAUGCCGCACUCUCAUGCAGUACGGCACCCUACAUGCAGUACACCUUUUCCUGCGGGAGUCCACGCUGGGCAAGGCGCCCGUGCUGCGCCGGCAGGUGGAGCAGCUGCAUACCUGGGUGGGCCUUCGGGAGGAGGGGGCCGACGAGGCGACGCAGGAGCAGAGUAAGAAGCACAAGGCAGCGGGCAUUGGCGCCAACGCUGAUGGUUCAGUGGCAGAUUCGCUUGCGAACCCUUCUUCGGUGACACUAGGCACCAGUCUGGACAGUGGCGACAGCGCUUCGGGCAGGGGGCUACAAGGACGUCUCAAGGCGGGUGGAGGCUCUAAAGGCUUGGGCGCCCGCCGGCGGCCAUCCUCAAUGCUGCCGCUGAGUGACGACGUGCACGACUGCCCAAUGUGCCGCUCCGCAUACCCCAGCCGGCUAGAUCUGCUGCGCCACUUCGCCGCAGCACAUCAGGGACCCCUGCUGGCCGCCACCGCAGCCGACACCCGAACGCAGAUCAUGUGGACGCGAGGGCGGCCAGUGGGCCUUCCCGUGGGCCUUCCACACAACGACCCAAGGGCCGGUGCAGCCGCGGGUUCGGACUCGGUAGCCUCCAGCGACAUCCUCACUGAGAAGGUCGUGGUCAACCCGGAGGAGUUUGCUUACGCCCGGGAGCUCUUGAUGCACGGACGCCACCUGGACGGGAUCCUGGCGGCAGCCCCCGUUGCUGUACAUUCCGUCAACCCUGGAGCAGCCGCGUCGGCCGAUGCAAACUGCAGCGUGCCUGACCAGGCAUCCCCACGGUUGGGCAGGCUCACUCAGGCACAGCCCAUCAACGCCAGCAAGCCAGGCGGCACCGGUGGCAGCGGCGGCCGUGGCGGGAGCAGAGCCCCGAGAACCCUGUCCAGAUGCGGUUUGCACAUGCACCUGGUGCCAUCAGGCCAGCCAGCGGAGGCGGCUGCGGAGGCGCUGCGGCAGGUUGCGGACGCGCUGGCACUAGAGCAGGCCUCCUUAGCUGCAGCCUCCUUGGCACGGCGGCGCGGCAGCGGCGGGGCGCGUUCACCAACCCAACGGGGAGCGGGUCGGGCGGCGGAGCCGCAAGGGCGGGGCCGCAAGGGAGCGAGGAAGGGCUCCGAGGAUCAGGAGGUUGAGGACGCACCGGUUGUCUGCGUGUGCAUUGUCAGUGAUGCCGAAGGGCUGGACCAGACCCUAGCAGACCUGCGACAACAAGAUGUGCUGGCCAUGGCCGUGACCCGGGUUUCGAGGGUGCCUUCGGCAGACGUAUCUCUCAGUAUGCUUAAAGACACGAAAGCCUGGGGUGAAAAGGGAAUUACCGAGGACCUGUCGCAGCGCAUUCUCAUCAAGAAUGGAACCGUAUACGUGACAAACCUUAUGCCAACAAACGGCUUCGGCGCCAUCGAGUUGAUUGGCUUCCUUGUGGAGCUAUACGAGACCAGCCAGGUUUACCAUUUACCAGACGUGGAGUUUUCCUACUGGCAUGAUGACAAUGCCCCUGCUGAGUCCAGCCGCAAUGGUGACGGCUGGUCCUGGCCCUUCCCACCGCACGGCCUGCCGCCCAUCCUGGCGUGGAGCAAAGCCGAGCAGCACGGGGCGGUUCUGGUGCCGUAUAGUGGUGCGUUCAGGUGUCCAAGGGACAGUUUCGAUGCACUGAUGGGCUCCGUGCAGCGCAUUUCGGAGACGCCUUGGGAUGUUCGGGUCCCGAUUGCCUUCGGCCGUUGGAACAUUUUCUGUGCCUGGUAUUAUAGGGGUCCGCAUAUCAUGCAGGACGGCAAACCUUCACCCUGCCCGCGAGAGCACUACAGCGACCUCUACUAUAAGCGAUCGGACGUACUGCUGACAGCUGCACUCAAUCGCAACCUGACCAACGGCCAGAUGGCGGAGCCAGUCAGCCUACACGACCAGAAUAAGUACAAGUACAUCGUGUCCACUGACGGUUGGUCGAUCAGCUCCAAAUUUGACAAGUACCUGCUGCUGGGGAGCUUGGUGCUAAAGGCCGAGGGUCUUACGUACGGCUUUUACUACCCGGCCAUCAAGCCGUUUGAGCACUACGUGCCGAUCAUGUACAAGCACGAGAACGACAUUAUUGACAUGCUGGAGUGGGCCAAGAGCCACGACGCAGAGGCAGAGCAGAUCGCGAUGAAUGCACAGCGCUUCGCCAUGCGGAACCUGAACCGCAAUGCGCGACUCUGCUACAUCUUCCGCCUGAUCACGGAGCUGUCCAAGCAGAUGAAGUACGAGGUUAGCUGCCACCGGCGGCCUGUGUGCGUGCCGUUGGUGGAGGAAAUCAAGUUCCUGUCUAAGCAUGGCGCCACGGCAACCAAGUGCAGGUACCAAGAGGUGCUGGCACAAUACGCCCACGACGAUCCGGAUGGCAAGCCGGGGUUCAGCGGCUACGAGGAGCUGAAGCAGCAGCACGAGGCGAUACCGCUGCAUAUCCUGUUUGGGCGCCGGCGCUGAGGGAGGGCGAUCUUCGUAAUAGGGCUUGGUCCUGGUGGUCACAGUCUUGCACGUAAUUUACCUAGCCGGCCCUGUCGAUGGGAUCGUUCUGGGGUGAAGCAGGAGCUUUGCUUUUGCGUGCUGCGUAGCCAUGCGGCGGCGGAGUGGCGAACGGAAAGAGAUAUCUGAGUCCUGCAGUCUCCUUGCUGUCUAAAGGUGCAAGCGUCUGAGGACUAGGGACCGGAAUACCGUCCUGGAAAGUGCGUGAUCGUGCUGAUGCAUGCAUGACUCAGGGUUUCGUAGGUGUUCGUGAUUUUGCGGCGGCAUCCAUUAAUUCGUCUCUAUGAUGCGGACUCGUUUUACAUUUUUAUGCGGAAGUGGGUAAUUCCCCAUUCACACACGGGCAUGUGCUGAAAGGCAGAGAAAGCGUAUGGCUUGAGGAUAGGCUGAGGAUAGCAGACCGGUAGGGAAGUCAGCUAGGCAAUCGGCUUGAAGUGGGCACUUGAUUAGGGGGCCGUGAAUACGACAUGGUUAAUAUUCAUACAUG